AUGUCAACUGGAGUUCUUAGUUUUGUAAGGGGAAUAGACUUCUCCCGGAAUGAUUUCUCCGGAGACCUAUUCCCCCAUGCUGUUGAGCAAAUGACGUCAAUGACUUGGCUCAAACUCAACAGAGCCAAUCUUGAUAAGGUUCCUGAUGAACUCUCUAGAUGUGAUAACUUAGAGCAUCUUCAAAUGGCUCAUAAUAAACUCACAAGUGUUCAUGGAGAACUUUCUGAUCUUCCUCGUUUACGUUCUGUGAUUGUUCGGCAUAACCAGGUUAAAACGGCCGGUAUCCCUACGGAUAUUUUUAAAAUGAAAGACUUAACUAUUAUCGAUUUUUCCCAUAAUACUUUACGUGAUGUUCCUCCUAAUUUGGAAUAUGCUAAAGGUGCCAUUGUAUUAAACCUUAGUCAUAAUAAUAUUGAGAGUAUUCCUAAUCAGGUGUUUUCUAAUCUGAUCGAUCUUAUAUUCCUUGAUCUCUCCAAUAAUAAGCUGGAUAUGCUCCCACCACAGAUUCGUCGGUUAACUAUGGUUCAAGCAUUGAAACUUUCCCACAAUCCUCUUCAUCAUUUCCAGUUGAAACAACUUCCAAGCAUGACAGCACUCCGAGUUUUACAUAUGCGUAAUACAAACAGAACUCUCGACAACAUACCACCUACCCUUGAUGAUCUUGAGAACUUAACUGAUGUUGAUUUUGCUGAAAAUAAUCUAUCGGCAGUGCCGGACGCUCUUUUCAAAUUGAAGAAUUUGAGAAAAUUGGACAUCAGUUCGAAUAAAAUCACGAAUUUCGUUCUACCAGAGGGUUCAUGGGAGAAUAUGGAAACUUUGAAUGUAAAUUCAAAUCAAUUGAGCGCUUUACCAGACGGCAUUGUUAAAAUGUCUCGUUUACAAAGGCUGUAUGCAAGUGAUAAUCAAUUGAAGUUUGAAGGUAUCCCAAGUGGUAUUGGAAAACUUGUGCAACUAGUUGUUCUUCAUCUCUCUCGUAAUCAACUCGAGUUAAUACCUGAAAGCGUCUCGCGUUGUGUGAAGCUUCAACGACUGAAACUGAAUCAUAACAAGUUGAUUACUCUGCCGGACGGAAUUCAUCUUCUUCCAGACCUCAAAGAACUUGAUCUCCAAGAUAACGACGAUUUGGUUUUGCCACCCAAGCCAAAUGAGGCGCGCAAGAAAUUAGCUUUUUACAACAUUGAUUUCUCUCUGGAGCAUCAGCGAAAUCUUGCCGGACAGUCUCCGUGCUCAUCGGUUUCAUCGGUUGUUAGUGGAACAAAGGAUCCUGUGGCUAGAAAAAAAGACUUCAUUCGGAGACGAAAGCAGGCUGCUGACCAACAAGACGCCAGCAAAGUUAUUCAGGGAAUGUCAAAAAUUGCUGGAUCGGGCGCUGCUCUGCAAGCAGAGAGAGAGGAGGAAGAACAGAAAAUAGCCACACGAUCAGCUGUGAAUUGGAAGGCAAACAUAGAAAAGCAGAGAAAACGCUUAGAUUAUAGCGACAUUUUCGAUCCUUCAGUUGGAACUGAAGAGGGACUAUGGCUCUGGGAAAUUGAGAACUUCUAUCCUUCGUUGGUGGAAGACGAACUUUUUGGUCAUUUCUAUGAUGCGGAUUGUUACCUAGUCUUGAAAACAACCAGAGAACUCUCCGGUAGUUUGAAACACGAGAUCUUCUACUGGAUUGGAGACCAUGCAGCUUUGGACAAAGUCAUGUGUUCAGCAGUCCAUGCCGUUGGACUCCGAAAUCAUUUAAGCGCCAGUUGCAGGACAAUUCGUGAAGAAAUGAAUGAUGAAUCUGAAGAGUUUCUCGAUCUGUUCGGUGAAGAAAUCACAUACAUUGAAGGCGAGAGAACGAGCACAGGUUUCUACACGACAGAAAAAGCCAAGCAUGUAACGAGACUUUAUCGCGCAUCGGUUACCGGAACUCAAGUAGAUAUGGAACCAGUCCCCGUGACAAGCGAUUCCCUAGACCCCCGUUAUGUCUUUUUGCUCGAUGUUGGAGAUACCAUUUGGAUCUGGAGCGGUUGGAAGUCGAAGAUUACUGUUGCUAACAAAGCACGAUUGUUCGCCGAAAGGUUGAAUAAGAGAGAUCGUAAAGCAAAGUCAGAAAUCGAAACUUGUCGUGAAUUGAAGACUCCUCCUGAGUUCUGGCAAGCUCUAACAGGCUCCCCGGGCAAACCCGAAGAUCCAGUAGUUGAAAAUGUCCCCGAUAACUUCGUUCCUAUCCGAAAACGGUUGUAUCAAGUUAAUAUUGGAAUGGGCUUCCUUGAGCUCCCACAAAUUGAACUUGCGAAAGGAGUUUGUCGCCAAGAAAUGCUUGAUGCCAAAGGAGUUUAUAUUCUCGACUGUACUUCGGAUAUCUUCCUCUGGACAGGAAAGAAAGCUAAUCGUCUGCUGAAAAUGGCUGGUCAAAAAAUGGUCACCGAACUUCAUAGAAUGAUUGAGCGUCCUGAUUACACUCAGAUUUGUAGAGAAACUGAGGGCGAAGAGUCUAUGAUGUUCCGCUCGAAGUUUGUUGGUUGGGAUGAUAUUGUUCCAGUUGACUUCACUCGAACUUCUGAAUCCGUCCAAAGAGUUCCCGAUUUGAAGGUUCUUGUGAAGAAAGACAACAUGAUGAAAACAGACUUGGCAGCUCUUUUCCUUGAUCGUCAACCUGCAAUGAGCUCUGAAGAAAGUGAAGAACUAUUGAAUGAUUGCAACCUGGACUUAGAGCUUAUCGAACCGUUUGUUUGGGAAGCUAAGAAGUUCGUCAAGUUACCUGAACAUGAGUUUGGUACUUUCUACACCAUGGAUUGCUAUGUUUUCCUUUGUCGUUAUGAAGUCAUUCCUGACGAAGAAUCGGAAGAUGAAGAGGAAGAGGGUGAAAAGGUCGAGCCUGAUUUCAAAUGUGUUGUUUAUUUCUGGCAAGGACGAGACGCAUCAAAUAUGGGAUGGCUUCAGUUUACUUUCCAAUUACAACCGACUUUCGAGAAGAUUUUCAAAGAUAAACUUGAGGUUGUGCGUAUGCAUCAGCAGCAAGAGAAUCAUAAAUUCCUUUCACAUUUCCAUAAGAAGUUUGUGAUUCGUCGUGGUCGUAGAGGUUUGACAAAGAAUCUCGGGGGACGAUGGCCAGAACUCUUCCAAAUACGAGCUAAUGGAUCGAGUGUUUGUACCAGAACCAUUCAAAUCGAUGCCAGGUCUGAUCACUUAUGUUCGGCAUUCUGUCACAUUCUUCGAGCUCCGUUCAAGAUGGAAAAGGAUGGAGAAAAAGGAAUUGUUUACGUUUGGGUCGGAUCUGCUAGUGAAGCAACCUGCGAAGAAGUCGCCCGCAAAGUUGCGGAGGAGAUGAUCAACAGAGACGAUGAGUCAUUCCCUGUCAAAGUUAUUAAGGAGGAUGAGGAACCUGAAGAGUUCUGGGAGUACAUCAGUGGAAAGAAGAAGUAUGAGCGAGAUGCUUCGUUCUUCAAGUACACUCGACUCUUCCGUUGUACUAACGAGAAAGGUUACUUUGCUGUUUCCGAAAAAACUGUUGACUUUUGUCAAGAUGAUUUGGAUGAUGAUGAUAUCAUGAUUCUGGAUAAUGGUGAUAUUGUGUUCUUAUGGAUCGGUAGCCGAGCGAGUGAAGUGGAAGUUAAAUUGGCUUAUAAAGCAGCGACAGUGUAUGUGGCUCAUUUACGUAUGAGGCAAACAGAACGCGCACGAACAUUGAAACUUUCCAUAAAAGGAAAAGAAACUAAGCGAUUUACAAAAUGUUUCCAUGCUUGGGGCAAACAUAAGGUUCCGGCGGGUGAUUAA